AUUAAUAUAAACAAGAAUAUAUGGGCGAUGUACUUUAGUAAUCUGCUUCCGAAGUUGGUGGAAGAUGGUGAAGAUGGCAACUACAGUUCCAGUGCCGUGUGCGAUGCAAUUUGCCUGCAGGCCUUAUCAAAGAGAAUACACUACGGAAAAUUUGUCGCCGAAGCGAAGUUCAGAGAAAAUCCUGGUGCCUAUGAAAAAACCAUAAAAGCCCAAGACAGCGAAGAGCUCAUGAGGAUUCUAACAUACAAAUCGGUAGAAGAGAAGGUGAAGAGGAGGGUGCAAGCGAAGGCUGAAACUUACGAGCAGGAGAUCAACAUUGGGAAGGAGAAAGAUCGUUCUCUUCCCCAUUUCAAGAUCCAGCCAAGUUUAGUUGCUGAGCUCUAUGAUGAUUCCCCGUUCCAUCCGAGCGAAUCAUCGGGCCGUCGGAUCUCGGACGACGGAGAUUUCAGAUCCGAACCAAAUCUUUGCUUUGAGAUUCGAUCUCGUGAAGAUGUAGGGUUCGAUGGAACGGGGAGAGAGAGGAGAAAGGAGGAGACCAAAACCCUAGAUCAGAUCUAGGGUUUCGACGAGAGAGGAGAAGG